CUGAGCUCCGUGUGGCUCCUCUGAGGCUCCUCCACCAUGGAGGGACAUGAAGACAUCAUCGAGCAGCAGGUCGAGGAGCCGCUGGAGGGGAAGGAGAUGAGGAGCCACGCCGCCUCCUCCACCUCCUUCCCUGGAAGCGUCAGUCCGUCCGAGGGGGAGGAGCCGAGCAGCACCCAGUCCUCCCACAGACUGCUGGCCUACAGCGAUGCUCUCAUCUCCAUCAUCGCCACUGUCAUGAUUCUACCCGUCGCCCACACGAAGGUGGAAGAUGACGAGGAGCUGAGACAAAGUGUUCAGCUGCUGCUCAGCACAAAGAUCGCUGUUUACCUCAUGACCUUCCUGAUCGUGACGGUGGCGUGGGCGGCUCACAUCCGGUUGUUUCAGGUGAUUGUGCGCAUUGACGACUGCCUCGCCUUGUUGAACCUCGCCUGCAUGAUGGUGAUCACCUUUCUACCGUACACGUUUUCUUUAAUGGCGACGUUCCCAGAGAAGAUCCUGGGGAUUCUCCUGUUCUGUGCUUGUGUGAUGGUGACCGGCGUCCUUCAGUCGGUGAUCGUGUUGUACGCCUUCAGUCGCCCGUUCCUCCUGAACGAACAGAUCCAGAUCUCAGAGAACCGGACGUUCUAUAAACACCACAUCCUGAAGGUCAUCAUGAGAGUUCCCCUCAUGUGCCUCUUCGCCAGCAUCUUCUCCGUCAUCUUCUUCCAGCUGUCCUACGUGCUGUUAGCCAUCGUUAUCUUCCUGCCUUACAUCUCCCGGGGUCUGAAGUGGUGUCGCAGCAAAGCAAUGGGUCCCGUGGACGAGUCUCCGGACUCCUUGAUGUUCUACACCUUCCUGCCUGAUGAACCGCUCACUAAAGAACGGGUGGAGGCUUUCAGUGACGGAGUUUACGCCAUCGUAGCAACGCUCCUCAUCCUGGACAUUUGCGAGGACAACGUUCCAGACCCGGCGGUUGUACGGGACCAGUUUGGCGGCAGCCUGGUGGCGGCUCUGCAGGCCUACGGUCCCGAGUACCUCGCCUACUUCGGCUCCUUCGCCACCGUCGGCCUCCUGUGGUUCGUCCACCACUCGCUCUUCCUCCACGUCACCAAGACCACGCGCUUCAUGGGCCUGCUGAACACCUUCUCCCUGGCGUUUGUCGGAGGGUUACCUUUAGCCUACCAGCUAACGCAAGAAUUCCCGCCCAACUCCCGAAAUGAACUAGAAGCCAUUCAGAUCAGCUGCGUGAUCAUUUUCUUCGCAGGUAUUUUCCAGCUGACCAUUUGGGUGGUCGCUCUCUACAACGAGCGGGAAACUCUGCACCCGUACGUGCGCUAUGGUGGACGGGAGCAUGUGUUCAUGCUAGCUAAGCUAUCUCUGUACCCCUGCGUAGCCUUAGGGACAUUUUUCCUGACGUGUAUUCUAAGUAAAUUCAGCGCUUCCAUUUUCCACCUGAUGGAGAUCACGGUGCCUUUUGCCUUUCUGGUGUUGAGGCUGUUGGUGCGUGUCGGGCUCGCGCUCAUGAGGCAGGUCUUCUGUCCCGAUCGGGCCGACCUGAGGAUCGUUGUAGAGGAGGAGGUUGACGAGGCCAGAGUGCCGUUCAACACGGUGGUGGCCUAACGAGCUGCUGAAACAGUUUGUUUCUGAAAGUGUUAGAAACGACCUCUCGUCAGGAGCCUGUUGGGGUUUGAACCAGGAACUAAAUGAAAAAUAGAUUCUUCUCUGUUUAGCAUUUAAAGAGGUUCAAAUCUUGAGAGGCAAUCGAUCAGAGCAGGUGUCGAAGGUGAGUUAUGGACCUGUAGAGGUGAAGGAAACUCGUGGUGGACCAGAGUAGUGAAGGAUCCUGACAGACAAAGCCUCUCCACUCAUUUAGUCCUCGUAACUGAAGAUACAACAACGCUAUCGUCUCAAAGCACCAAAAGCCUUUUAUCAAGUAACCCUCACUAACGCUUCCAGCUUUGGUUUUAUCACUCAUCCAAAUCAGACAGUUCACAAAAUAGAUGGAAGACGCGUAUCCAUUUCCACCCGAGGGCAGGAGUGAUGUGGAGUGAGUCAUGAUGUUCCACCCUUUUCAAUUUAACUUAAAAUUACUUAUUUAAAACAAACUUGAAGGAACCUAUACUUGAACCGGCCACCAGGGGGGGCAAUCUAAAUGUUCCGGCUUUCCUUUCAUUGAGCUGUCAUGUCGUCCAUUUUUAUUUACAGCUGAUUCGGGGAAAUGGCUUCAAAUCAUGUAGCUAACACACAAGUUUGUAAUUAUUCAACACAUGCCGCAACACACAAAUUCAACGGCGCAGGAAAAAAUACAGGUUUCUAUAAUUAUGGUUCAGUUUCUGUGUCAAUCAAACUGCUGCGGUUUGAAAUCAGUUCGUGUUCAGACACGUUCACACAUGAGCGCUGAGGGCAGAAGAAUUUCUAAAUGCUUUGCUCAAGGGCACGUUGGUUUUCCCAGACUUUGGCUCAAACACUAGAGUGAGUUAGGAUUGGGUUGUCGGGCACUUUAAACGUUACACCGAGCGGGCGGCGCCAUCUCAAAUUGCACUAUUCUCAAAAUAUAACGAUGUUUGUGUGUCAUAACAAGAGGAAUGUUAAUCUCACCUUUUCAAAUACGUCCCGCAGUCGUAUUCCCUCCAUUCUUAUCUUUUAAUAAGAAAUGUAUUGAAAUGAGAAAUCUGUUGGAUUAUGAUGCAGGGCUGUUGUUGCUUUUAGCUUCAGACGUUCAGUUGUUUAAAAAACUUUAAAUGUUGCGUCUUUUCAGCGUAAGAUUAUUUCAAUCCUCUGAACAUUUUCAGUUUCUGCUUGUGCGCCGAUGUUUCACCAGGAGGUGUCGCUGUUGUGUGUCCUGAGCUACCGCUGUGAUGAUGUCACUCGCUCUGAAGUACUGAUGAGUUUUAUAUAUCGGCUCAAACCUGAAAUGCACUUUAAUGGAAAUCUGUCACGUGAUGGAGGAGAGUUCGUUUUCCUCAGAGUUUGGAUGAGUGACGACAAGAAAACGUUGAAUUGUCAAAUUUUGUCAAAUGCUCGAAUGUGAUUAGACUGAAAACUGAUGUGUUAUUGUUUUUUAACUCAGCUGCAGAUCAGCUGUAACUCUGGUUUGUUUUGAUGUGUGUAGGAUGGAUUCAGUUUGAUGAAGUACUUUUGUUUCCAGGACUCUAUGGAGGAACGAAAGCCAGAACUUGUCUGAUAUUUAUUGUGAAAGUCUUAGGAUCCAAAAUAAUGAACCCAAAAUGUCGUCAGUUUGACAUUUGAACAUAUACAUAUGACAUAAUGUAUUUUAAGCCAUAUUUUUAGAGUUUAGAGACAUAAAGCGUCUUUUAAGUCCCAACCGUAGCACUAUAAUCUUUUAUUUUUUGUAAUGAUCUUUCUCUUGGCAUCCCUCUUUGCUUUGUUGUUGAAUUGAAAGCUUAUUGAUAUAAUUUUGGUGUUUGUGUAUCUUUUGUUUUUAUUAGGUAAAUCUAGGAAUUUAUGUGAGAAUAUUUAUUUUGUCAUUCAUCAGCCAUCGGCAGCUUGCUUCAGGUCGUCCGUCCACAAUGACAUGUGAUUUGUUUCAGUUGUCCUUUGUUUUAGUGACCUUUAAAUGAAGAAGUUUGUAGAAAUAUAUACAAAUAUACAACCAGUGAUGUAAUUCUAGUUUCUCUUGUCACUCCUCCAACAAUGUUCAGUGUUGAUUGAGACAGAUUUCUAUUGUCAAAGCGUCAAUGUCUAUUUAUUGUGUUAUUGCUUCACCAGUUCAAACUCUGAAUCUGCCUUUUCACACAUCUUUGUUUUGUGAAUAAAUCUGAAAUUGUUAAUUUUAA